AUGGCCUCCACCGAUGUCACCCGCGUGCCACCCGCGGGGGUCCCCGGGUGCCGUGGCCACCGCCAGUGCCACCAUGGCCACCGCCAGUGCCACCGCGGCCACCAGCAGCGCCUCUGUGGCCACCGCCAGUGCCACCGCGGCCACCGCCGCCGUCCCCAGAGCGCCAGCGCGGCCGCUGCUGACGUCACCAAGGUGGCCGCUGCUGACGUCACCAGGGCGUCCCCUGUCCCCGUGGCCACCGCUGUUGUCACCAGAGCCUCGUCCGUGGGCCCUGCCGGAGUCAGUGACGUCAUCAAAAACAAUGCUGACGUCAUCAAAAACAAUGCUGAUGUCAUCAAAGCUAACACUGAUGUCAUCAAACCCAACGCUGAUGUCAUCAAACCAAAUGCUGAUGUCAUAAAAACCAAUGCUGAUGUCAUAAAAGCCAAUGCUGACGUCACCAAACCCAACACUGACGUCACCAAAGCAGUGACUGACGUCAUCAAACCCAACGUUGACGUCAUCAAACCCAACGUUGACGUCAUCAAACCCAACGCCGAUGUCACCAGAGCGGCCUGUGAUGUCACCAAAACCACCGUUGACGUCACCAGGGCCACAGUUGAUGUCGCCAGGGCCACCGCUGACAUCACCAGAGCGGCCAAUGACGUCACCAAAGUGACCCCUGACGUCACCAAAGCCACCGCUGACGUCACCAAACCCACGGCUGACGUCACCAAAACGACCCCUGACGUCACCAAGAUGACCUCUGACGUCACCAAGGUGACCUCUGACGUCACCAAUAUGACCCCGGACGUCAACAAGACGAUCUCUGAUGUCACCAAGACGCCCCCCGACGUCCCCAUGACGCCCCCCGACGUCCCCGGGGCCGCCGCUGACGUCACCGUCCACGCCGCCGCCAGCGCCGCCGCCGCCGUCCUCGCCGCCGUCCCCGCGGUGGCCGCGCCGGGGAAGAAGAAGAAGAAGAAGCGCAGCUCCUCCUCCUCCUCCUCCUCCUCUUCCUCCUCCUCCUCGUCCUCGUCUUCCUCCUCCUCCUCCUCCUCCUCCUCGGACUCCGACUCCAGCUCCAGCUCCUCCGACUCGGCGCCGCCCUCGCCGGCCCCCGCCCCCGGCACCGAGCCCAGCGCCGGCGUCCAGCCCGG